AUGCCGCACAACAAAAUACUGGAAUCCAAAUUUGUAUCGGUGGAUCUCGAAUCCUCGUUGGGUAUCAUCAAGGAUGAUACAACAACAGUAUCCGAUGAUUCCAACUCUCAACAACCACAGCAAAAACAAGAACAACAGGAACAGCAACAAGAACAAGGUACAAGUACGAUUGAAACGCCCUCGUCACCGUCAUCCCAAGCCAAGUUUGUGUGUCAACCCACAAAUAACAAUUCGGAAGGUGUCGCUUUCCCUAUGCUUUUGGAUUCAACCUUGAAUCCAUUUGCCAACCAAAAGGUUACUCGCACCUCGGAUACCUAUCCCUUUGCCAAUCGAGGAAGCAAGAGAAAACUGGAUGAUGAUGAUGAUGAUGAGAACAAUGACAUGGAUGAGUCUGACACGGACAAACGUCCUCGGACCACCAGCAUGUCCUCCUUUGAACCCAUUCCAGUGAGCGAUCAUGAAGUACAUGCCGACAUUGGUAGCAUGAUGAUGCUCAUGCAAGGCAAUGAUAAUGAUGAUGAAAACGACGAUGAUGGUGAGGAUGAUGGCAAAUCUCCUUCGCAAGACAAUACUUUCUUGAUCAACAAGAUUGGCGAUUGGUCUCAGCCACCUAAGAAAGAAAAGAAGAACGAGAAUGGCUACACCAUUGUUCCGAAUGAUCGGGAUCACGAUGAUGCUGCUUGGGUCAACAUUGACUUGUCCGACACGGAAGUGGAAGAUGAAGACGAUCUGUUGUCUAUGCUGGAAGAAGAAGCCAAAGAGUCGGGCUUUGUCUUGGAGAAUAUUGGGGACCGCCAGUCGUUUUGGAAUCAUCAUCACCAUUCCAAUGAGUGA